AUGUCAGGGGAUUCCCGCGAUCUUCGCCUCGGCUCGCUGGAGUCCGGCUUCGCAGCAGAUGGCUCUGAGAAGCUGCCGGACUUAUCCGAGCACAAGAAUUUGGCGGCGGAGGUCCUGUCAAAGGUACCUGGCCUUUAUGACAGACUGAAAGACAGGAAGACCAAACUCGGCAUCACGCUGGCAAGGUGCAUCAAGGCUGCGGUGGACACGCCAGACAGUCCGGAUGCAUGCCUUUUUGCUGGUGAUGAGGACUGCUUCGAGGACUUUGCGGAGGUGUUUGAUGUGGUGAUCGCUCGCAUGCACGGACUACUCCCACCAGGGGAGGUGAACUGCACCGUGCGGCCGCAGCAUCCUGCCGCGCAGCCAGUGAAGCCCGCCGGCGCGAAGCUGGACGUGUCGGCCCGGAUCUUGCACUCGGUGCAGCUCCGCGCCGCCCGGAACAUCCGGGGCUUCCGCUUCUGCCCGGCCAUGGACCGCAACGAGCGGGCGGAGGUGGAGAUGCUGGUGGCCAAGGCGCUGCGGGGCCUGGCGCCCGCGGUGUCAGGUGUUUACCUGCCGCUGCGGCAAUCGGUGAGCUAUGCUCCGCGGGCAGGUGGCAUGGACGAGUUUGAAGAACUCAGGCUGAAGGCCGCGGGUUUGCACUUCGAGCUCCCCGAGUCCCAGCCAGUGCUGGCCAGUGGCACCUGCGGGGAAUGGCCCCACGGCCGCGGAGUCUUUGCGUCCAGCGACCGCAAGCUGGCAGUGUGGAUCAACCAUCAGGAGCACCUGACGCUGAUGAUGGUGGGGGACGACAUGUACCAGGCCUACAGGGACCUGCAACGUGCCUUGCAGGGCCUUGGGGAGAUCCUCCGCCGGCGAAAGCCUGGGCAGACGCAGGCCUUCGCAUCCUCCGAGCGCCUGGGUUUUCUCACCUCCAAUCUUUAUGGUCUGGGAUGCAGCUUGCAGGCCUCCGCGAUCCUCAAGCUGCCGCGGCUGGCAGCCAUGGAGGUGUCUCAUCCCAGCAGCGCAGCUGGAAGCUGGAGGUCGUGGGCGGGCCUGAUGCGAGUCCAGGUGGAGCCCGUGAGCAGCCUUGAUGGACACGCCGUUGAGGGGUGCUUCAAGAUCUCCAACAUGGACACAUUCAACGUGUCGGAUGCGGAAGUGCUGGAUGUGGUGCACGAGGUCGCUGGAAGGCUCAUCCUGGCGGAGCAGCAAAUCACGAGUUUGGCUGACUCGGAUGCGCUUUUCCCCAUCCUCACCUCAGUGCUGUCGGCCGCCAAGGAGGGCCGCGAGAGCCGCCAGAGCAUCUUGAGCGUCAUCUCAGGGGUGAUCACGGACUGCGGCGACAAUGUGGCGCAGGACGUGGUAGCAUUGCUCAUGAAGGAGCAGUCCAGGCCUGGCACGCAGGAGAGCAUUAUCGAGGAGGACAAAGAGAUUGCUGACCUGAAAGACAGGUUGAAGUGCGCGAUGUAUUCCAAGCUCCAAGAUGGAUCUUUGGAGGAGGCGAUCGACACGGCAUCAACUUCGGGUGGUGCCAUGCACUUCUCGGAUCUCCCGCCGUUGCCGCCACCACCAGAGGAGAUGGGCCGAGCCGCGCCUUGGCGCCAGCGCAGUUCCAGCCCAUCCAGGAGGUAG